AUGUCUGACGGCAAGAAUGAAGCCCGAGCGAUGCGUAUACUGGAGAUCAUGAACGACUUCAGAACACUGCAGCAUCAUAUCUCUUCGUUUAUUACGCGACCAGAGUCACGACCUCCCAAUCAGGAGUCGCACUAUCUGGAUGGCUAUGUGGUACUUCGACAGUGUGCUGCAGAAUCGCAAGCAAUCCUUGCUUCACAUUAUAAUCCCGGCAACCUUGGUCUAUCAUCGGGCAACCUCUCUGAGACCGAAGUUGAGAAGGCUACUUUGCAGAGAAUCAUUCUUGACUCCUCCACAAGGCGCUUUCAAGCCCACAAAAUCUAUCUCCGGGCGGCGGCGGCGAUGCGCUGGAUACAGGGCCGCAAUCAGAUCCUGAGAGGCGCAAGACCAAGCGGACAGCACGAAAAUGCUCUACGAAGAGUUGACAGUCAACUUCGACAGGAACUGUCUGCCAUCACAGAUGAGCACGUCAAACGCGAUCUCACAAAUGCAGACCGUCGCAAGCAUUACUGGAUCGAAGAAGACCCUUCGCUCGAGAGGAUGCUGCAAUGGAUUCGCAUGCAGCGCUGA